AAUAAAUGAAAACAUAAGCUCCUUUAUCGAGAUCACGCAUCCUUCAUUUCCCCGCCAAAUAGAAUGCCACAAUGAAUCGCCGCAGAGCCACUAGCUCCACCGGCGCUCCGUCGCCGUCGCUCAAAGAUGCGCAAUCGAAGCUCUUGCGUGUCGUCUGGCACCACGAGCAGCUCAAAGUCUCAUUCGAACAGCUCCGAUCUCAGAUUCGAGCUGGUUUGCUUGAGGCGGAUGAUGUGUUCGUGUCGCUGGCUCUUCAGCUAAUGAAGCUGGUAGGACUGAAGACGACUGAGAUGGCUGAAGAGAGGAGAUUUAGCACGAUCGUGUCCUCUUUUGACAGUUCACAACCGCAGCCAGAAGACUAUAUGGAAAAAGCCAUGAAAGCUGGAAAUGAGCUGAUGGAGAGACAGAAGCUACAGAUAAUUCAUAUCAUUGGCAUUCUUCAAAAUAUCGAAAAUCAGGUCAAUUCAAGCAGAAAAAGCAUCGUUAAGGACCUUGCCGAGUGUCAAUCGUUCAUAAGCAAGCUCUUCCGCAAAGCUUCUUCAGUUGUUUCUUCGGCACAUCAGUCUGGCAGCAGCAAUGACCUAGCUCAAGUGACGCAAAAGGUUCUCAAAUAUACAUUUAAUCAAGUAGGAGUCGCCAUUGGAUCAGUGGAGGUUGGAGUAGAAGACAUGAUUACUGGACUGGCUGACAAAAUGUGCAAUCCAAUGUGUCAGUAUGUCCGUGGUCUUAAGGCUGAAAUGAAGACUGGAGCAUGCACAUAUUCACUGGAGACUGUUAAGGAGAUGCAUGAAGUAAUGCAGGUCAGGAGACUUGAGUUGGAGGAAGCAAAAAGUCAGACUAGAUACGCAGAACAAAGCAGGAUUGAGGCAUUGAGCAUGUUAACGCAAUCAGAAGAAACAGGCAAGAAGCUGAUGAUGUCCUUGAGAUUGCUAUCAGAUGAUAGGACUGGACUGGAACAAGAGGCGGUAAAAGUGAGAGAAGAUCAGGCUAAAGACGACUGCUUAAUGUGGGAAUUACUGAGGCAGAAAAGCCAGUCCCCAUCAGACAGUCCUCUGGGACCAAAUGUGCUUCAAGGGAUAGGAACAAGCAGCAGUAGACUUCCUUCGAAAAGGGUGAACUCCAUGCUCAUUCCGAGUUACAGGGCUCCUAAACGUCCUCAGAUAAAGAGGACGAUUCAUCCAUUAACACCAAGAUGAUCUUAAGUUCAUCCCCUUCAGCAACAACUCAAAAUGUUCCAGCUUACAAACGCGUAACUCACUCAUCAACACGAACCGAUUCUUGCAGAUAAGUAGGCAUUUGGCAAGCUUUUGCACAACCCACCAAAUCAGAGUGUUGUGAGGUUCUUAUAUUGCACUUGUUCUUAACUUCUUAUCGUUGCCGGUGGUCUGGGAUAUUGUCUGAAUAUGUGUUUUUGUUGGCUGUUCAGUCUGAAUUAUUGUUUAAAUGUUUAGAUCUGAAACAGAGGUAAUCAUCAGUAUUAUUUCUCUUGGACCCCUUA